AUAGUCUCUAACCAAUGGAAAAUUUCGUGGCAAUCCAUUGUUGGCAGCCAUUUUAUAUCUAAAAUCGGAUUAAAGUGUUGAGUAAUUUGGGUUAAAACGAGUCUUCUAAGAAAUUUACAAAAAGUUCCGGAAUAAAGCCCAUCGCCUCCGCGCACCUGGAACCUCCAUCGUUUUCAUUUUGGUGAAGGACGCCACCCAUUGCAAGGUCAUGGCCGAAACGACGCGAUUCUUCCCAAAAUACAAGUCUUCAUUGCAAGAUAAUCAUGAGACUUUUACCCUCUUAAUCACAGACAUUUGUUGCACCAAAGAUUACCAAAAUGAAUGCAUUGUCUGAUGUGAGUAUUUCCCCAGCUCUUCUGCAAGCUAUUUCCCAAACACUCACGUCAAAAGAAAGUGGAAACCAGCCUACCAGUAUGCAUCCUAGAAUUAAGAUAAAACAGGAAAUCUUGGAAACUAAAAAUGCAUCUUUAUCAGGAGGAAGUAGGACCAGUAAUGAAGAUGAUGAUACCAAUGCCCGUAUUGUGAACAUCUUGCAGGGAAUGCAGAAAUCAUCAAACACAGAACUGGGUCAGUCGUCUCAAUUUAUAAGCCCAGAUGAUAUUAAAAAUAUGUUGAAAUUGAAAAUAAACCAAAGUAAUCAAAAACCAGAUGAACAAGGUGUAAACAAUUUGGUGGGAAAUUUUGGAAGUGGUGAGCAAGAAGCCAUGGUGAAUGUCUUGACUUCUCUUGCCAUGCAACAAGCCAAAAACCUGAAUUCUAAAGGUGUCCCAAACACUGAGAUUCAUUUAGGUGAUAAUGUGACCUUAUCCUCACCAUCAGAGGAGGUUGUGGCAGAUCAAGGGACUCUGAUGAUUGAUUCUGUGGGUCAAACAUUUUAUGUUAGAACAAGCACUGACAAUUCAUUAGGCGAGGGCGUGUCGUCUGUUGAGCCUCAACUUCAGUUCUCUACAUCGAUAUCAUCCUCCGGAGACAUGUCCAGUCAAGAAAGCAUGCAAUCGGAUGUGGACGUGCCAUGUAUUCCGGAAACAACCAUUUCCCAAAUGGAUGACAAUAGUAUGUCUAAUGAGGGAUACCAACCUUGCCCUGUGUGUGGGGACAAUGUAUCAGGUUAUCACUAUGGAAUUUUCACAUGUGAAAGUUGUAAAGGUUUCUUUAAACGAACUGUCCAAAACAAUAAAACAUUCACUUGUCAUAGAAAUGGUGACUGUGAAAUCAGUCGAGGAAACCGAAAAAAGUGUCCCAGCUGCCGAUUUGCCAAAUGUGUUCUUAUGGGCAUGAAAACCCAAGCUGUUAGACUUGAUCGUACCAGAGGAGGAAGAAGUAGUUAUGAUGGCUGUUCUCCUAGGAGUCGACCCAAAAUACCUGUCCCUGUUAAAAAACCUAAAGUAAAGCGACCCCAAUCAACGAGAAGUGUGUCUCUUGAGGACAUCAAUGUGACCUUGCCAACAGGGGAGGAUGUCUCAGGAAGCCAGCUGAUGGCUAUUCUGAAUAAGUCGGGCAAAGCCCUCUUGCAGGGAAUCGUCCGACCUGUAGUGCCCCAGAUCCUGUCUGAUAUUGUGGGCAUGGAGUCUGUCCUGUGUGAGGAUGAGGCAGAGGCCGACUUCCCCAUGGAGAAAAUCUCGGACACCGACCCUAAUGUCAUUAUGUCCAUGCUGCAGCUAGCGGAGUUGAAGCUGUACAAACUUGUCCGUUGGGCAAGGAAUUUACCUCAGUUUAGUUCUAUUGCAACAGAUGACCAAAUCUUACUGUUGCAGAACUCGUGGUGUGAAAUUCUGACGUUGAAUUGUUGUUUCAAAUCAAUGAAUACCCCCUCUGAAAUUCAGCUUCCAUUUGGUAAAAGCAUUGACCUGGAAAAAGCUGUAAGCAUCGGCCAUGGAGUGGAUGACAUCAUCAGUAGAAUGCUAUCCAUUGCUGAACAUCUCCGCAGACUUCAAGUCGAUCAGCAUGAAUUUGUUGCUCUUAAAGUCCUGAUUUUGAUAUCUCCAGGUGAGCGAUGUGGCCCAUGGGCCUCUUGUUGUAGACAUCAAAGGAAUGAAGGAACCGAGUCGAGUGGUCGAGCACCAAGACGCCAUCACGGAGGCCCUGAGACAGUACACAGAGAGUCACUUCCCCCAGACCCCCACAAAGUACGGUCAGCUACUGAUGAGACUGACUGAGCUAGCCAAGAUCAGCAUGCUGACCAAGGAGGCCCUCAACUCCAUCGUUCCCCCCAGCCUGCAGUCCUGUGGUCUGCUGUUUGAACUGUUGAAAGGUGACACUGGGAAAGAGGAUUCCUAGCCCUUGGAGCAUGUGUGGUCAUUUACUCAUCCCUUUGUGAAAGGAAUGUGAACUCGAUGAAGCCGCUUUCUUGAUAUUUCAACUCCACUUCAGCAUGUGGAGUAAAUUGUACAGGAAUGUGGAACAGCAUUAAUUUUAUUAUGGAAAAUUAAUGUAUAACAUUUUUUCAAAUGCAAAUAUUGAUAUACAUAUAUAAACUAUAGUAUGAUUUUUACAUCCCUUUUAGUAAUGGUGCAUUAUCUCAUUUCAUUUGAAGAGCCAUUUUUCAAUUGCACCGUGGUACUUCGUUAUGUAGUAUCAUAAUCAUUGUAGCAAUCAUUCAACAUUUUUUGUUUUUGUGAAAAUGAAAGAAAUGGUUGUGUUAAUUAUGUUAAGGGCAUUUAAAGAUGUUGAUAAAAUUUGUUAGAUGAAGACCUCUCAUUCUUGCUAGCAUACCGUGUUGUAUGUUGGUUUCAUUUAAAAAAAAUUUUUUUGACAAAACACCACCAAUUACAUGUCACCAAUUCAUGAUAAAGAGUACAUAUAUAUAUAUAUAUAUAUGUUGCCCUAAAUCAUAAUAAUUGUUUUUACAGGUAAAAUAAAACUUUAAAAUUAAAUAUAAUAUGUGUAAAUAUUCAAGUUCUAGGAAACCUUUGUACCAAAGAAUGUUCAUGUAUCAGGUAGUUUGAAAUGUGUGACAUUGUGUAGUGCUAUUCAUUGUAAUGUUUCUUUGUAAAAAGGUAAUUGCUUAAUUCCAAGUUCAUAUGAUUGUAAACAAAUGCCGACUUUGAUCAUCUAACAAGGUAAGGAAUGGAAAGUGCCAAAUUUCUUGCCAUUCUUUCCCAAAAUUGUUAUAACUGAAAAUUAGAGAAGAUAACGUACUUUGAUACACAGAAAUACAGAGAAAAGAUGACCUAUACCCAUUUCCCCCAGUAGAGAAGACUCUUUGGUUUUAUUCCUUAUUCAGCAGGUUCUUAUUUAAAAAUGUAAUUAAGCUAGAAACUGGGUUUUUGUAACCAUGACGUUCCGACACAUUGAAAUGUCAGCAUUAAUUAGAUAGACAAGAUUUGUUUUACUGCAGUAUCAUUGCUGAGUGACUAUAUACAAGUAAACAAGAUCUAAAAGUAACAAGACUUAUUUCCCUUACACAGUAAGAUUCAGAGAAUGGCAUACAGAAUCAUGGUAUCACCGACUAUUUUCACUUGCUCUAAAUGUUUUUUAUGAAAUAUUUUUAUAUGUUGCCCAACUUUUAAUAUUUAAUGAGUGACAUCUCUUGACAUGCGCACAACUGAAUACUUUGUAUUUCUUCACAUCUUUUAUCAUUACAAUUUAGUGAUUGUUUCAUAGAAUUUUUUCUCUGGCAGAUGAUUACAUUUCAUAUUGGCUAAUACAUGUACAAUCAUUAGAGUUAAAAAUACUGUCAGUAUAUGUCUGAUUUUACUCUUCAACAAGCUCAAUUUUUGUUUUUGAGUUUUGUUUUAGAUGUUGACUUUAUUUUAAUUGAUUUUGAUAAGUAAAAAAACAUUGCCAGCACUUGGAAUUGAAAUGAUAAACUGGCAUAUCAAUUAGACUCUCAAUAUCAUUUUCUUUCUUUUCUCCUAUUGUUUAAACAAUUGGAAGAUUUAAGAGAAUGUACUACAGAUUAUGUAUUCAAUAUUUCAUAAGUGCUUUGGUGAGGAAUAAAUUUUGACAAAGAAUUCCAUGAAUUAAAAUGUCUCGCCUUGUGUGUCCUUCCGUUUGUUUCCAUUGACUUAUGAUGUUAGAAGUAACGUUUGUAUGAUGUAUUUAUAAAUUCAUUGAUUCGUUUAGUCCAUUCUGACUUCCUAUUAAAACGUUCUUACUCUAGAA